GGGACAGCACCCGGGACAGCACCCAGGACAGCACCCGGGACAGCACCCCCACCAACAACAACAACGAGAACAACAUCCUCACCCGCAGUCGCACCAUAGCAGGCGCUCAACGGCUACCGAUGAAGAGCGUAAGCUUAAGCGAGAGGAGGAGGAGCUGAAGGAGAUGUUGCGGAAAAUGCGGGAACAGAAAGGAGGGGCCGAUUCUCCUGUCUCGCGUGCGCAGUAUUCGGAAGGCCGAGGCGGCGGCGGAGAGUUCCAAGAUCCACACUCCCCGGCAUCAGCGUCGUACGCAUCUUAUGCCACUGCCGACGGCCGUCGCGCAAAGGUCUACCACAACCCGCCGGGUGCUCCCCGCUAUGCCGGCAGCAGUCAUUCUUCUCAGGCGUCAGCUUUGGCAGACGAGGUUGAACGCCUCCGUUUGCAGGAAGCCCGUAUAGCCGAAGACCUUGCAAGGCAUCAGGGCCGUGCGCCGUCGAUACACGAUCCCCGACAGGCACAGGCGAUGCAAGAGCACCGACAAGCAGCGGCCAUGCACGAGGCGCGACAGGCUCAGGCGAUGCAGGAUGCAGUGCACGAUGGUCGUGGAAAGGGACGUGAGGGGCGUCCGCCGCCCGGUCCAUCCCGCCACAGCAGUAGGGGUGGUGGACCACCCGGUGGUAGCGGGGGCAGGCCUCCCCCGAGAGUUGGCCAUGGUGCAAGCUACGGCCGGGGUGCCCCGGUGCCACCGAGUCCGAGAGGCCCCCCGCAAAUGGACCCGUACACAAUGGAUUCCGAUCCCGAAGACUACCUCGACGGCCCGCAAUAUGCCAGUCACCCGCCCCGUGGUCCGCCGUCGCCGCCCCCGCCUCCGUCAUCCCGCCAUGGGGGACCAUAUGCCGAAGCCCCACACAGCCGCCCAGGUAGUCAUCGUGACUUCGGCGGUGAUCGACCAUCCCCCGUCCGAUACGUCAGCGCCGGCACUCAUGGCAGUGACGACGACGACUUCCACCCGGGACCCCGUGGCGCUCCUCCGCCGCCCCGUGGCGCCCCGGCACCCCGUGGACCACCGCCGCCCCGCGGAGCUCCUUCACCUCGUGGACCUCCCCCGCCAGGGUCCGGAUAUCCCUUCGACCCUCGCGGGCCGCCGCCACCACCGGCAAGGGAUGACCCCGCUUGGAGCGAACCAGCCUUCCGCUCGCCAGCGCCCCUACCCACACCGCUGAAGCUGAUCGAUCCCACCGGUCGUGUCGUUUCUUUCCCUUACGCGCAGUGCAAGAAGUUUGGUGACAUGCAAGAGCUCAUCAAGGGCGCUUGCGGCUACCUCGACAAGAUUGGUCCCGCCGUGAUGUCGGGCAUGUACGAGCUCCUCGAGGCCGACGGCAGGAGGAUCAGGCCGGAAGAGUGGCAGGAUCUGGUGACGCCCGGAUGGGAGCUGACCCUGAACAUCAUCUCGCCGCCGCCGCCACCGCCGAGGAUGCCUGAGUUUACGCUCGAGGGUCAUCGCGUUAGGGAGGAGCGGAGCGCUUAUUAUAGGUAAACGAACAGGCGUGGCGGGGGGAAACGUGGAUACUCAGUUGUCUUUUUGGAAUGAGGUACCAAGUCGGAUAUUGCGGUCUUUUUGGUUGGGCAUUGUGGUUAUUGGGUUGUGCUUUUUGCGUUUGCGUUUGCGUUUGUAGUUUUUUGCUUGCUGCUUUCGAAUCUAUCUGCUGCCUGUAGCAAACUUCUUCCCGCUCUGAGCUGUGGACGAUCCAUACUACCUACUCGCAGCGUGAAGUGCCGAUACUGUUGGACGCUACACUCGCCGGCGAUAACUACGGUAGAAUACGGUUCACGGAAAUGGAGGAGCCGUAGCGGGUUGAACGGGCGGG